UGGAGUUCUGGGUUCAAAUACAGCUCAGGUCACAAGUGUUAUUAGCUUAUUGAGCUCAAUUUGGCCACUGACUGCCAUAUAAUUCAGCAGGGUUAUGGGGCUAUAUUAGCAUUACAUUGCACAUACGAGUGGUGGGUUAUUAUAUUAUAAAAUAUAUCCAUGCUUAAACAACUCUAAAAUGUCUAUUUCUGUAACAAACACGGCAUUUGUUGGUUAAAAUAUUUUUUUCAUACACAUUUUUACAGACAUUAUCUUUUAAGAACAAUAACAUCAAAAAGAAACCUAAACAAGAACUUUGUACCACCUUUCAGGGGGCUAUUUUUUUCAAGGCGAGUUAUAGUUUGGGAUGUUAAUAAUAACAGGGAGGCUUUAGGACCCUGUGAUUAACAGGCCAAUGUUUUUGGGGUGGUUACCGGAAGAGAAGGAAAACAAACAGCACUCUCCACGGUUCAGCUCCACUCAGGUGCCCGGGCAUGUAGUCUAAGUCAGAGAAUGGGCAAAGCAGAGCGCCAGCCCGCCCACCACUGAAACGAGAACACUCUGCUCUUUACAGCAUUUCAGGGCAGGAAUGGGAUGCCUAGAAUGUGGCAGUCUCAUAAGUCCCAGGACUCCUCCCCGGCCUUAGUGGAACUUGCUCCCAGUUGUCUGCGGUGGUGUAACUGAGCCAAGACCAAGUAUCUACGGUGUUUAUUUGCCAAGAUGCUGUUCCAGAGGGUCUCUAGGGGGGUCGUCAACAUAGCUACCGGUUCCUGGACCAAAGUGACCUGCAAGUGCUGCUUCACUGACACUGUUCGGCCACUGCUGGUGAUUGAACUGAACAAAGACGUCCAGCUGGAGACCAAACAGUGGAUCAUAUCGAAAGUAGAGGCUCCAGCUAAUAAACAAGGAGCUCAGCUACUGGCUCACCCCGGUGAGGAUGACGAUGGUGACAUGAUCCUGGUGGCUGCUCCUUCGUGCACACUCCUGAGGAAUGCUGAGGCCCUGGGGCUUUCUAAAACCUACCAUGACGGGACCAUGCUGGCCUUCUCGUACCCGGACAGAGCCAGCUUCAAAAACGCAGACCAUAUUGAAGAGCUCCUGACUCUGGCAGAACAGCAGUACAUUGCUAAAAAACAGCUGGAUGAUUUAAAAGCCGGCACUAAUGAGUCGAUCCCUGGCUGUUCCAAAGACAAAGGGAGUCUGUACCCUGGAGAGCCGAUAUUUCAGAAGCUGGAGAAGAUCGGAAUAGUGAAGACGAUGUACCCACUGCAUGACAAAGAGAAACUGAGUGCCUUCUCAAAACAGUGGUACUCCCAGUUUAAUUCUGGGGUGCAGCCAUUGGAUUACAUCCACUCCUAUUUCGGUGGGACUGUGGCUUUUUAUUUCAGUUUUCUGGGCUUCUACACUCUCUCGCUGCUGCUCCCUGCUGUUCUGGGUGCUGUACUAUACUUCCUGCCCUGGCACUCCGUGAAUGGCCAUGUCCUGUUGGCCGUUUUCAAUGUGGUUUGGUCCACAGUGGUCCUGGAGCUGUGGAAGAGACGGAGUGCAGAGCUGGCUUACGGUUGGGGUACCCUGCUGCUUAACAGCACCUUCGAAGAGCCACGACCCAGCUACCGGGGCACUAUGGGACACAACCCAGUAACGAGACGCUGGGAGCCUUACUUCCCUAGUGCUGAGCGGAAGAAGAGGAUCUGGUUUGUGUCCGCCCCUGUGGUGUGUGCCUUUCUGUGGCUCUCAGUGAUGGGGAUGGUGGCCUACUUCUACUUAGAGUGGUGUGUGAAGGAUUAUUACAGCCGGGAGCCCUCGUGGCUGGCUAUGCCCCUGCUGUACCUUCCCUCAGUGCUGCACAUACUGUACGUGGACUUCAUGAAUAAUGUUUACAAGACAGUGGCACACAAGCUGACAGAGUGGGAGAAUCACAGAGUGGAGUCAGACUUCCAGAAACACUAUACUCUGAAGGUUUUGAUGUUUAGAUUCAUCAACUGUUUUGCUGUCUUGUUUUAUAUCGCCUUUUACAAGCAAGACCUGGAGCUGCUCAGAAAGAGGCUGGCGUCCCUGUUGAUUGUCAGUCAGAUAAUAAACCAGGUUACAGAGGCGCUGGUGCCGUACCUGCUGGAGAGAUUUUUCCCGAGCAAGGGGACGAAACAGAGAGAAGCUGACCCGCACAUUGACAAGCUCCGAGCCCAGGGCUGCCAGCCGGAAUACCCUGGGUUAUUUGCCGAGUACAUAGAGCUUUUUGUGCAGUUUGGCUACCUCAGUCUCUUCUCCUGCGUGUACCCGCUCACAGCAGCCCUGCUCUUUCUCAACAACGUGACUGAGAUCCGCACUGACGCUCUAAAACUCUGCAAGCUCUUCAGAAAGCCCUUUGUGGCUCCUGCUGCCAACAUCGGGAUCUGGCAGACAGCGUUUGAAGCCCUGGGGUUUGUGUCAGUGAUCUCCAACUGCUGGCUCAUCCUCAUCUCUCCACAGGUCACAGGUUACUGCCAAGAGAAUGGGGUUAGCUUUCGAAAUGCCCUACUCUGUACCAUUGUUUUGGAGCAUGUACUCAUCAUUCUGAAGGCUGUUAUAGCGUUUGUGAUUCCAGACCUACCCAAGUGGGUGAGGAUAAAAGUUGCUCAGCUUGAAUUUCGGAGGUGCCAAGCUCUCAAAACAGUUGCCUAAAGCCAUGGGUACACUUAAAUAAGGAGAUUCAAUCUUGGAUUAAUAUGAAAUGACACUAGAGCCAAUUCACACAAUGGGAGGACUGCCACUCGGCUUGCUAUUUAAUGGGAAGUCCGUGGCAAAAGACUGUUCUCAAUUCCUAGUCUGAAAACCCUGUAUGCUAUCCUGGAACAAGAACUUUACAAUCAAGACCAUCCCUGAAGUGAUCUGUUCUAAAAUCAAUCUAAAACCAAACACUGCCUAAUAACAGAUCUUCUCUGUCAAUGGAAGCUGAGAUCUGUCACUUCCAGGGUUUGAUGUGCAUUCAACUGCAGUGUCUAUAUUCCCUCCGAGAGAACGAAUGACUCCCAUGACAGCUUUUAUGAUUUUUUAAAAAAAUAUAGCAUUGUGUUACUGACGAUACAUACAGCAGGUAUAAUAACUCCUGUAGCCACAUUCUAACCACAGAAUUUGUUUUAUUCACUGUAUUUAAGUCUCCUGUACAGAGGGUUGCUUCACAAGAGCUGACAUUUUUAUUACUGAUAUCGUAUUGGUAGUUUACUGUGUAUAAAUUGUAUUUGAUAAUUCUGAA